AUGGCAAAUUCAGAAAGCAAGAGAAGGAAGAGGGGGGAGGACGAAACCCUUCCGGUGAGGAAGAAGAAGAGCGAUUCAAAAACACCAAAGGCGGCCGUCGCACCGUCUUUCGCGGUGACCAAACUGCACAAGCCCCAGGUUUCACCCCCGGUCGUAGCACUUACUCCGGGUGUCUCCCUGCCGAACUCGUUUCCCUUCAAUGCAUACGAAAAAGAUGGACCGCCGGCAGCGAAACGGAGGAAAAGCAGCGGCACGUCUGAGCUGGCGCUGCACUCGACUUCUCACAGAACGGUAGACUACACGGCUCGGGAAGAAAGCGCAAAGAGCGCGGACAAGGCAAUUAAUCACUUCCUGGCUAUCAUCGAUCCAAAAACGGGGGAGGUUGAGGUGAUCCAGGCGAAGAAGAUGGUGGUUCGGGGGACGGUGCGGUCGAAGCAGGCGCCGCCCGAGGCGAUGAAGGUGUCGAGUGGCAAACUAACACAUUCCGAGAUGAAGAUGGAACUCGGCGAGACAUUCGGUACCAAGAAGGCGAAGAAGGCCAUCCAGGCCGUAGCAGAGAACGCCAUGUUAGCCGCCAAGUCACAAGGCAAACUCGACGAAGACGAUCGUGCCCUGGUAGGCAUCAUCCGCGACUCCAGUCAGCAUAUGGCCACCCGCGAGGAACUGCAGGCCCAGGUGGACCAGGCCCGGCCGAUACCACGCGGCAACUUUGAUGCGGAAGAGAUCCAGGAUGUUUACAUCCCGGCGCAAAUCAUCGGUGCCGAAGUACUCAAUGCUGUUCCUGUCUUGGACUGGCAGGAGAAAGUCAAGAAAAACGAGGCCGUGCAGGUCCCCGCGCGAUUCGUGGCUAACCGCAUCGUCCGGGUGGCGGGCAACGAAAUGGAUGUGCAGAGGUUAAGGCUACUGCGGUAUCUCCUCUGGACGAUCACGUUUUUCAGCACAACCCGGCAGGGCAAAGAGCGCGGCACGAGGAGCAUAGCGAGGCGGGACGAGCUGCGACAAGCGCUGGCGCCGGCGCCGGAGAUGGUGGUUGAGAACAUCCGGCGCAAGUUCUCGGACAGCGGGGUGAUGCGCAAAUCGCACAUCGACUUGCUCAUGACGCAUUGCUGCGUGUUUGCGCUCAUCAUCGACAAUUUUGAGAUGAACUCGGUCGACCUGCGGGAGGAUCUCAAGUUGGAGCAGAAGCAGCUGAACCAGUAUUUGACGGAGAUCGGGGCACGGUACAAGUUGAGCAAGGCGGGCGAUACGGUGCAGCAUCUUGCCAAGCUGUCGAUACCGCUGCAAUUUCCUAGGAUGAGGAUGCCACCGAGGCGGAGGUGA